CAUCAAUACUCUGCACAGAGUGAUGACAGAUAUGACGCCAGUAACGCUGUAGACGGACGUAAAUCUGAUCAGAGCAUGAAUGGUGGUCAAUGUGCUGUGUCAGUGUCCUUAUUAACCGCCACCUGGUGGGUGAACCUGACCAGCAUCCAAAGUAUCCAUCACAUCAUUAUCUACUUUAGGACGGAAAAUGACGAUUACAUGUUUCGGACGCACCUAGCAGGCCGUGUUCUUGGAUUCUCCGUGUACGUGUCCAAUACCAUUGAUAGAUCACAGGGAACGUUGUGUUUCAAGGACAACAACUUCACAAUAAACACAAUACCUUCCGUCUUCACAGCAAAUUGUUUUGAUCAUGGACAAUAUGUCAUCUACUACAACGAGAGACUACCAGGAGUUGUCUACCCUGACAAUUAUGAAAGUUUUGUAGGUACUAACCUCUGUGAAGUAGAGGUGUAUGGAUGUCCAGCAACAGGGUUUAUCGGAUAUAACUGCUCCAUUCCCUGUCCAGAUGUUAACUGUCAGUACUGCCACAUAGAGACGGGCACCUGUCAGGGAUGUAAACCUGGAUAUCAAGAUUAUCACUGUGAACUAGAAUGUGACAAAGGAUCGCAUGGUAGUGGAUGCAAUGAAACAUGUGGGCAGUGUCGUGAUGUAAACCAAUGUUCCCAUAUCAAUGGGACAUGCUUAACUGGAUGUGAAGUUGGUUUUAAAGGGAACGUAUGUAAAACAGGUUGUGACAGUGGUUCAUACGGCGUUGACUGCAACGAAAUUUGUGGAAACUGUCUCAAUGAAAGUCAAUGUUCUAAUGUCAAUGGAACAUGCUUCACUGGAUGCAAUGCUGGCUACGAGGGGGACUUGUGUAAAACAGGUGAGUAG